CUGGAUCAUAGUGCGCCCAAAUCGCUGGCGGGUUAGGCUUAGGUCCCCAUGAAGUCGAAGAGCAUGGAUGAUGCCACUGAAUUCCUAGCGCAACAGUAUGCUUAGAAGGGUGCAGACUUUUUCAGGCAGGCUUUUCUAUCUUCCCAGGUAAAAUACAUGGAAAAAUCCCAUUGGAGGGUAAAGCUACUUAGGGUUAGGGUUAGGGGAGGCCAGCAGGGGCCUUGCCUUACCCUUUCAGCGGGCAAUCCCUGGUGUCCAUCUGAAAGGCUAUGUAGAGGGCUCUCUUCCUCGCCCCCCUCAUGCCAUGCCAAGUACUUUUGAGGUCCAGCUGUUUCCAGCUCAGUUUGCCAAGAGGUGCUGGGUUGACUGUGGGAAAACCAAAGGCCUUCCGGGAUCCGGAACGUGAUCCUGACUCCAGGAUGGGCGCAGCCUGCCAGCUCCCUUGGCCACUGUUGACAGUGGAAGAGCAGCAGGCCCCAAUGGUGCUUCUCCCUCCCAGCAGCUGUUCUCAGUUUGUCCCUAAGCUUCUGACUAGGGAGAGAAUCCACUUUUCUCCACAGACUGGAUUGCUCCAGAUUCUCUGGUGCGGUUCGUGUGCCUUUUUCUUCCUGGGAAGCCCUUAAACCUGGCCAGGUCCAGAUGGGGUAGUGACAUCUGUCUCUCGUGCCCUUGCAGAGAUGUCAAAGGUCAAGCGUCCCUGAGCAGAUGGAGGCAAUUUGUACUUUCUGCUGAGAAAUAGGCAAGGGAAGCAAAGCCCCUGUUGACUCAGACGGACUGGCUGCAAUGCAGAUUUGUCCUUACUCAGCAUGAAGAAGGAAGUCAGUUCUCCCGCUUCUUGGAAGGGGAACUAGACAUUUUCAAGGAAAACACACUUUCUGUUCUGUUUUUUCAGUCCCUUCCCUGGAAACCAAACUGCUCCUUUCUGUGGAAACUUUUUAGGCUGACUGUUCUUCAGAUGUGAGUACUGUAUACAGCGUUAGGUCUGAACUGUUUGUGGGCUCGGCUGCUUUUCCCCGACCACGAGAACAAACCUUUCCGCAGGCCCAAAAUAUGCACAUUGGAUUUACGUCUGCUUUGCCCUUGGAUAGUUUGGCUCCAGUUGUAGGGUCAGAUCCCGAGGGCAUUUACGUGGUUAGCAUGGUGAGCUAUGUGGACAUGUGAUCUUGAGAUCACCUGGUCUUUUAAUGUCGAUUUAAUGAGUCCAGGCAUUAAGCAGAGGCUGUACUUGGACUGUGAUGUUGAUGCAUAUUGUGGGUUACUUGGUUAGGUCAGAAAGCUUUGAGGAGAUAAAGCUGAGCCUGGCCUUCAGGGCCAGGCAGCCUUCCUAGGAAAGGGAUCUUGUAAAGGUACGCCCCACCCCCGAAAAGCAGGUGGUGAAGCUGGGUACUUUGCCUAUGACUUUAAGCCAAACUCACGGGCACCGCAUUUGGCCAUAGGCCCGGGGCUCCUAAGCACCUGCUCUGGUAGCUGUAACUCCCAGCAAGAGCUGGAUGUUGCCUGGGUCCCCAUGAAUACUGACAGGCCCCUGUGACUUUUGCUGCUCUGGGUUGGUAGACGGAGCAAGAGAAGUUGCUCCCCAACUGCCGAAAAGCCGCCUGAUUCUGCCCAGCUGGCAGGGGGCUCACCCUGUCCAGAAAUAGACCCCUAGCUUCUCCUCCUCAGACCUUGCUGGCCUCGAUCGUUUUGACCAGUUGGAAGCUUCUGACUUAGUGGCCUCCGAUACUCUUCAUCCGGCUUCUCCUGGAGCCGCCCGUUCCUUUCUCUCCACGCCCUUCUUAAGCUCAGGAAGUCCAGAUCUUGAAAAGGGUUCUGGCCCAAAAUUCUGAUUUUUCAGGCUCAGCUUUCCUAGAUAAAUGGGUAGGUGUAUAAUUAAUGGCUGCCUGUUUCAAAAUCUGUUUACGCAAGAGCUCCAGAAGUACUGCAGCUGUUUGGGUGGUUGGGUGAACAACUUCUGACCAAGUGCUCUUGGUGGAAUAUCCCUAUUGUGAAAUUGCUCGGGAGUACAAAGGUUUGCAUGUUCGACUGCCAAGUCACUGCUGAUCCAGGCAACUGUGUGAGUUGGCCCCUGAAGCAAGUGAGAGGGGGCGUCUGGAGCCCACCAGGGCAGAGAGGGCGAGAGGCGCUUCCCUGGGGAAGGAGGACCUGUUCCGUCCUAGUUUGGCCCAGCUCUGAGAGAGCCCCAGAGCUCUCCCCAUUGCAGGCAGCCUUCAUAUAUGCCCUGUAAGUAGCCAGGGCAACGUCCCCCUUUCACUGUGACGGAAUAGCUGCUUCCUGUGAAACCUCCCCUCUGGAGUCCCAAACACUCCUCCUGCAAGUAGAGCCACAGCUGGAUUAGUUUGGCUAAAGAGGCUGCUGACCUGCUGUCCAGCCAGGCCUGGUUGCUCCCUCUUCCCUGUUCCGUGGCAGCCGCAAGGUCUGUACUACGGCGGAAGGCCCCCCUCCUCGGUGUAGUGCCCUCCGGCCAUGAAUCAUACGGGUUUCCGGCCUGGGAGUCUCCAGGGUGGCAGCAGCAGCGAUGAAGACCUGGUGGAGGUGGCAGGAGGAAUGCUGGAUUUCUCCAUGGCAGAUGAUGUCCCUCCCCUGGACAGAGAGAUGGCGGAAGGUUUCUCCUCGUACAACGGAGGUGGGAUGAACGGACCGAGGCAGGUGAUGGACUUCCUGCAGGAGCCGCUCCCGGGUGUGGGGACCUAUGAAGAUUUCAACACCAUUGACUGGGUGCGGGAGAAGUCUCGAGACCGCGACCGGCACCGAGAGAUCGCCAAUAAAAGCAAGGAGUCCACCUGGGCCUUGGUGCACAGCGUCAGUGACGCUUUCUCAGGAUGGCUGUUGAUGCUUCUCAUCGGCUUGUGGGCAGGAGCGCUGGCUGGUCUGAUUGACAUCACUGCCCACUGGAUGACGGAUCUGAAGGAGGGGGUCUGCUUGAACGGCUUCUGGUACAACCACGAGCAUUGCUGCUGGAACUCGCCCCAGACCACCUUCCAGGACAGGGACAAGUGCCCCGAGUGGAGGACCUGGGCGCAGCUGCUGACUGGCAGAGAGGAGGGGGGAGCCCUGGGCUACAUCCUGAACUACUUCCUCUAUGUCCUCUGGGCACUGCUCUUCUCCUUCCUGGCUGUCUUGCUCGUCCGGGGCUUUGCUCCCUACGCCUGUGGCUCGGGGAUCCCAGAGAUCAAAACCAUCCUCAGCGGCUUCAUCAUCCGAGGCUACCUUGGCAAGUGGACGCUGCUCAUCAAGACAGUCACCCUGGUGCUGGCCGUUUCGUCGGGCCUGAGCCUGGGCAAGGAGGGCCCCCUGGUUCACGUCGCCUGCUGCUGCGGCAACAUCCUUUGCCACCUCUUCACCAAGUACCGGAAGAAUGAAGCCAAGCGCCGGGAAGUGUUGUCGGCUGCUGCGGCCGCCGGCGUAUCGGUGGCCUUUGGUGCUCCCAUUGGAGGUGUCCUGUUCAGUCUGGAAGAGGUGAGCUACUACUUCCCGCUCAAGACCCUCUGGCGCUCCUUCUUCGCUGCGCUGGUGGCGGCCUUCACCCUGCGCUCCAUCAACCCCUUCGGUAACAGCCGCCUGGUGCUCUUCUACGUGGAGUUCCACAGCCCCUGGCACUUACUGGAGCUGGCGCCUUUCAUCCUGCUGGGCAUCUUUGGGGGGCUCUGGGGGGCCUUCUUCAUCCGCAGCAACAUCGCCUGGUGCAGGCGGCGCAAGACCACCAAGCUAGGCCGCUACCCGGUGCUGGAGGUGCUGGUGGUGACGGCCCUGACUGCCCUGCUGGCCUUCCCCAAUAAGUACACGCGCAUGAGCACCAGCGAGCUGAUCUCGGAGCUCUUCAAUGACUGCAGCCUCCUGGACUCCUCCCAGCUCUGCGACUACCUCAGUGCCCCCAACAGCACCCAGGGGGACGACCUGCCCGACCGGGCUGCUGGGCCGGGCCUCCACGUAGCCACCUGGCAGCUGAUGCUUGCUCUCCUGCUGAAGAUCUUCAUCACCAUCUUCACUUUUGGCAUGAAGGUGCCAUCGGGCCUCUUCAUCCCCAGCAUGGCGGUGGGGGCCAUUGCAGGCCGGUUGCUGGGCGUGGGCAUGGAGCAGUUGGCCUAUCACCAUCACGACUGGCUGAUCUUCAAGGGCUGGUGCAGUCCUGGCGCCGACUGCAUCACGCCUGGCCUCUAUGCCAUGGUGGGGGCUGCUGCCUGCCUGGGUGGAGUGACCCGCAUGACCGUCUCCCUGGUGGUCAUCAUGUUUGAGCUGACGGGAGGGCUGGAGUACAUCGUGCCCCUGAUGGCGGCUGCCAUGACCAGCAAGUGGGUGGCAGAUGCCAUUGGCCGGGAGGGCAUCUAUGACGCCCACAUCCGCCUGAAUGGCUACCCCUUUCUGGAGGCCAAGGAGGAGUUCACCCACAAGACCCUGGCCAUGGACGUCAUGCGCCCCCGGCGCAGCCAUCCCGCCUUGACGGUGCUGACGCAGGACAGCAUGACGGUGGAGGACGUGGAGGCCAUCAUCAACGAGACCACCUACAGCGGCUACCCUGUAGUGGUGUCCAGGGAGUCUCAGCGCCUCGUGGGCUUCGUCCUCAGGCGAGACCUGGUCAUCUCCAUUGAGAGUGCCCGGAAGAAGCAAGAAGGGAUUGUCAGCAGCUCAGUUAUUUAUUUCACGGACCACUGCCCCCCACUGCCACCUUGCUCCCCCUCCAUGCUGAAGCUGCGGAGCCUUCUCGACCUCAGCCCGUUCACUGUGACAGACCAAACCCCCAUGGAAAUCGUGGUGGACAUUUUCCGAAAACUGGGGCUGCGCCAGUGCCUGGUCACACACAAUGGGAAGCUGCUAGGGAUUAUUACCAAAAAGGAUGUACUGAAGCACAUAGCACAGAUGGCAAACCAGGACCCAGACUCGAUCUUGUUCAACUGAAGCUGGGAGGGGCCAGAGGUUUUACUCUGCCCCACGGACCUUGGCCAGAGGGACCUAAGCUUUGCCUCCCUUUAUGGAGGACUCACAGCUGUCCUCAGUUUCUCCAUGUGGAGCAAGCGAUAAUCAUGUUUUAUUUUUUUCUACAAGAUAACCAAUUGCACUAUAUAAUCUGUGGAAAGUCGUCUUCUCUCGGGGAGCCUGAUUGUAGCCUUGUUGGGAGCUGCGCUGGGAAGGAGGUUCCACGCCAGAGUAAAAGAAACGAUAUAACUGA